AUGGGCGGCCUAAGUGCAGGAGACGCCGUCUCCCAGCCCGUUUCCCCGAUGUCGCACCGGAGGCGUGGGAUCCUGAGUCGAUCCCACUCUUCGCAAAAUGUCGAAGGGUCCGAUGAGUAUUCACCGUUGCUCGGAAGGUCGAGGUCACGGAUCAGCGAGGCCGGCUUCACGGGUCGCCGCCGUGAACGGAGAAGACCUGCAAAUAACUCUAGAGCCCGUUUGGAUUCCCGCAACCCCUCAUGGCAGUCUCGGGUGAUGCACGCCUUGGCCGACCAUCCUAGCUUUGCAGAGUCGAAGCGAUCCCUCCUCCCCGACGAACGAGUAUGGUAUGAUCAGUUUACAAGCACCGAUUGGGUCCACGACGCUAUCGCCGACUCUCAUCGAGUCAAGAACCUACGAUUAAGAAAGGAUUUUUGGGGCCGUAUUCGCGUGAUCCUCGAUGGUGUACAGGGGUGGAUUCUAAGCGCCUUGUCUGGCUUUGUCAUUGCCAUAGUCGCCUAUGUCGUCAAUGUUUCCGAGGGCGCGGUCUUUGACUACAAAUUUGGAUAUUGUACGCGUGUCUGGUACAUCACGGAAAAGAAAUGCUGCCCCAAGGGCAAGUGUGAGGACUGGAAGGAAUGGUCUGAUAUCUUCCAGAACGACGUGUUGGGGGCACCAUGGACCGGAUUCAUCAUUUACCUCAUUGGGGUUGUGUCACUAUCCUGCCUUGCAUGCUACGUGACACUCUUCACUAAAACCGUUGUCCCUUCGUCAUACCGCCUUGCUACACUGGACGAAAAUCUUGGUGCACAAGAUGUCUCGACGCCGCCAGAGGAGGCAUCGACUGAUGACGACGUGAGCACCCCUCGGCAGUUCACUGAAUCGGUCCCCGAAAACCCGCCGAUGGUCUAUUAUACUGCGGCAGGCAGUGGUGUCGCCGAGGUCCGUGUUAUUCUGAGCGGAUUUGUCUUGCACGGCUUCCUUGGUCUCAAGACGCUGCUGUUCAAGUCGUUUGGGUUGAUUCUGAGUGUUGCUUCUGGCUUGAGUCUGGGCAAGGAGGGUCCCUAUGUCCACAUUGCGACCUGUAUUGGUAACAUUGCCUGUCGACUAUUUUCCAAGUACGAUCGGAAUGAUGCCAAGAGACGAGAGGUCCUUUCCGCAGCAGCCGCGGCCGGCGUCACUGUCGCCUUCGGUGCUCCUUUAGGCGGUGUUCUAUUCAGUCUAGAGGAAGUCUCGUACUUUUUCCCACCAAAGACCCUCUUCAGGACUUUCUUUUGCUGCAUCAUCGCUGCCCUCUCACUAAAGUUCCUUAACCCAUACGGAACGCACAAGAUUGUCAUGUUCGAGGUUCGAUACCUCGUUGACUGGGAAUUCUUCGAACUUUCCAGUUUCAUAUUGACUGGUGUCCUUGGAGGUGCACUGGGGGCGCUCUUCAUCAAGGCCUCUAAGCACUGGGCACAGAACUUCAGAUCAAUCAAGGUUAUCAAGGCGUACCCGAUGCUCGAAGUUGCCCUAGUGGCGCUCGUCACAGGUGUCCUCAGCUAUUGGAACGUUCUUACGUCGCUUCCUGUAGCCAAGCUUCUGCUGAACCUGGCCGCACCUUGCGACGACCCCGCAGUUGAUCGGUACGGAUUGGGACUGUGCCCUAGUUCGGUAGAGGACAUACCCGACAUCCUUGUGAAGCUGUCUGUUGCAUUCUUGAUCAAGUCCUGCCUGACGAUAAUCACAUUUGGUAUCAAACUUCCUGCGGGCAUCUACGUGCCAUCCAUGGUGGUUGGUGGUCUAUUGGGCCGGAUUAUCGGGCACCUGAUGCAGUGGCUCAUUCUCGUGACUCCAGACUGGCCCAUUUGGGGCAACUGUGCCUCGGGUGCAAAUGGAACAUGCAUUCAACCUGGAGUAUACGGACUUAUUGCAGCCGGUGCUACGAUGUGUGGUGUCACCAGGCUCUCCGUCACUCUUGCAGUCAUCCUAUUUGAGAUUACGGGCAGCCUGGACUACGUACUUCCAUUCUCUCUCACUAUCCUGGUUGCAAAAUGGACAGCUGAUGCGAUUGAGCACCACAGCAUCUAUGACCUUCUAACCAACAUGAACUCUUACCCUUUCCUGGACAACAAGCACAAGCCUGUUUUCACUGGUGAUUUGGCCGAUAUCGUUCCCCGAGCUCGCCGAGAGCGAGUCAUCGACAUCAGUGAUUCUCCAAUGAUCCCAGCAAAACUCCUGCGAAAGAAGCUCGAGUUGCUUCAUCGUUCCGGGGAGCUGGACGGUGGUCUCCCCAUCCUGCGAGACGAUGUAUUAACCGGAUUGAUCCCGGCGCCAGACCUCCAGUACGCCUUGGACCAGCUAGAAGAUGAAGCAACCAGCUGGUGUCUGAUGGGCUUCCCGGAGCUGACGGCCGGCGAUGCUUAUGAUGAGACGCAAGAGGAAGACCCGUGUGAUUUUACCAAGUUUAUCGACCCUGCUCCCAUGGCACUCGAUAUCAGAUCACCAAUGGAUUUGGUGUAUGAAUGCUUUGCAAAGCUUGGGCUCAGGUACAUUUGUGUGCUCAGGGACGGCAACUAUGCCGGCAUGGUUCACAAGAAGACUCUGGUCAGAUUCAUGCGUGAACAGGAGGAAGAACAAUAUUCUAUCUGA